AUGCUGUCCUGCCACCUCCGGUGCGUUCUGGCCGUGCUCUCCAUCGCCCUGGCCCUGGACGGUGUCACUGGCGCCUUCUCUGAGGAUGGACACAGCUGGUUUGUACGCAUGUACAAGGCUUCUUCCGCGAACUAUCGAAUCUCCCAGUUUCUGCAGAAGUACUUGCUUGCUCCUGAAGGAAAGCGAAAGGAAGUGUUAGACACCUUCUCGGCAGGGCUGCCUUGUAAAAACCAGAAAAAGAGUAGUGUGCUGGAACCUGAAGGUUUGUCCCAGGCUUCUGAACACAACGAGAUGAGGCUGGAGCUGCAGAAAUCUGUGAAGUCAAACCCGGCCACGGCACCACCAAAACGCAAGAAGGACUGCAAGAAUUUCUACUGGAAGUCUUUAAGACCCUGUUAG